AUGAAUAAUAACCUGCGGGAUGAUAGUAUUGCUGCGGCCUUAUUGGAAGAAAAUGAAUCUUUGUCGGAUGAUGAAAUCUUUCUGCCUUCUAGUGAUGACGAAUCGGAUCAUAUCAGCGAAGCUUCUGAAGUUCCAAGUGAUACGGACGUGGAAGAUGCCGAAAUAAACAUUGAACCACAUUCAGAUGAUACGACAUCAACACUUCAACCAUUUUAUCUAGGAAAAGAUGGAAGAACAAAGUGGUAUAAAUCGCCACCGCGAACCAAUGUUCGAACAAGGGCCGAAAAUCUUAUUACUCAUUUGCCUGGAUGUAAAUAUGCAGCUCGACAUAAAAAAACUCACCAAGAAUGCUUCGAGACCUUUUUCACUGAUGAAAUCGUUGACAUUGUUUUGAAGAAUACGAACCAGAAGAUUUCUUUGAGAAUGGAGAACUCUACGUCUAAUUCAACAUACGGGGAAACUGACAAAGCUGAGAUAAAAGCCGUUUUUGGGCUGUUGUUCUUGGCAGGGUUGUUUAGAUCUGGUCGGCAAAGUCUUAUAGACUUAUGGAGUAAUGACGGCACAGGAAUUGAAGUAUUUAGAAAUACUAUGACGAGGCAAAGAUUUUCGUUUUUGAUAAAUAGCUUGAGAUUUGAUGAUUCAUCAACUCGUACAGCUAGAGUGGCUGACGAUCGCUUGGCUCCAAUUCGAGAUAUUUUUGAAAUAUUCGUCAAAAACUGUCAGAAUGCCUAUACACCGUAUGAAUACUUGACCAUAGAUGAAGAACUCGUGGCAUUUAGAGGAAGAUGUAGCUUUCGUCAGUACAUACCAUCCAAGCCAGCUAAGUAUGGGUUGAAAAUUUACGCGUUAGUGGAUGCUAAAACAUUUUACACAAUGAACUUGGAAAUUUAUUGUGGAAAACAGCCUGACAACAGUCCUUAUACAGUGAGUAAUAAGCCUUUUGAUGUUGUCGAUCGUUUGGUGAGAUGCGUGUCUGGAUCAGGAAGAAACAUCACCAUGGAUAACUUUUUAUGA